AUGCUGGUUGGAUAUACCGAUUCAGAUAUGGCAGGUGAUGUUGAUUCCAGAAAGUCCAUUUCAGGAUUUCUGAUGACUUUUGCAGGGGGAGCCGUGUCGUGGCAGUCUAAGCUGCAAAAGUGUGUUGCGUUGUCUACCACAGAAGCCGAGUACAUUGCGAUUACAGAAGGUUGCAAAGAGGCUUUGUGGAUGAGGAGAUUCCUAGAGGAACUGGGCUUACACCAGGAGAAGUAUGUUGUGUUUAGUGAUAGCCAAAGUGCUAUCCACCUCUCUAAGAACUCGUCAUUUCAUUCGAGGUCCAAGCACAUUGAAGUGAGGUAUCACUGGAUUCGAAACGUUCUCGAAUCAAAACAAUUGCACUUAGCAAAAGUGCACACGAGUGAGAAUGGUGCAGACAUGAUGACAAAGACUUUGCCGAAAGAAAAGCUUGAAGUAUGUCGGCGAAGAGCGGGCUUGUUGGAGCCCACCACUUGA